UAUAUGUUCAGUAAUCAUAUUUAGUUGCCCAGGUACGGUUGAGCUGACAAUGCAGGGCGUGAUGUGAAGGUGGAUACCCUCUUCCUUUCUUCACAGUCGCGAAUAAUUAACGGCGAAAUCUACUCCCGUGGUAGUGCAAGGUUCCGUUUACCUAGUAUUGAACGACCAGCAUGUGAAGUGAUAUUAGUAAGGUUGAGAUAGCUUCAGCUCUUCAUCGAGUAUAGUUGUCAGCAACCUGUGGGGAUUAGUGGAUAUUGGUCUUUGUUUUCACUGAAAGCUGAUCAAUGCUCCAUACGUAGGUAGGCGACGUUAUCUAUCAGACUCCUAGGUGAUGACCGAGACAGAUAUAUAAACAUGUCUGUCGACAGUCAGAAUGUAAGCAACAGUCCCAUCUUCUCAUCACCUUAUCAGUUCUCAUCCCCCAACUGUCAAGAUGUUCGCCUACCUCCUAACUGCCCUCGGGCUUGCCGCGACAGCUUUCGCUUUGCCCUACCCUACGAACUCAAGCUGUAGAGAUAUCAAGAUACCGGUCACUGUUAGCGUUCCACGCUUCAUCGUGAACGCGACAGUCAAGGAUGACUGGGACGUAGUCGCCUUGACGUUAAACCUCACUAGGCGAGACUUCACCAACCCUACAGACCCCCUACCUGUUGCUGGCAUGACUGCUGCACCAGUAAAAAGCACAUUCACUGUUGGCGCAACGCUUUGUGGAACAGGGGGUCCGUUGUUAGUCCUAACCCACGGUAUCAUCGAGUCCAAGUUGUACUUUAAUCCAAAUUUCCCCAACUCUGAACCGUACAACUUCGUUGAAGCCGCUGUCGCUGCUGGGUACUCGGUCCUCAAUUACGACCGCAUUGGUGUCGGUUCGUCUUCUAAGGUUGACGCACUCAACGAUGCUCAAUUCCAGGUAGAAGCAGCUGUGUUAGACUCGCUCAUUGACUAUGGGCGACACGCCGUGAACGCCAGUAAAGUGGCUCUUGUGGGCCACAGCUACGGCUCUUAUCUGACAGUUGCAUCUGCCGCUAGCAAAAAAACCGCUAUUGAUGCUGUCGUGUUGACCGGUUUCGCGGGAAACUUCACUUACUUCACCCCCUUCCUUGCGGGCUCCGGUUUCCGUGUCGCGCGGAACGCUAAUCCGCUUCGCUGGGGUGCCUUGGAUCCCGGGUACUUAACUUCAGUGGACUUAUACGCAGAGACAUACGUCUACUUCGGAGAGGAACACGACUUCGAGCGCCGGGCGGCUAAGUGGUCGCAUUACCAGGGUAGUGAACCAUUUGCUGUCGGUGAGUUGCCAUCGCUGCUCGCAAGUAGCCCGCUUGAUUUCGACGCAGUCACCGCACCUGUACUCGUCAUCCAGGGUCAAUUCGACCUUUCGGCUUGCGGCGGUAACUGCGUCGGUCUGCUCGAUGGCAUGAAGGAUACGUUCUCUGGCUCCAAGGCUGUUGAGACUGUUGACAACCUACCUUCAGGUCAUAAUCUCAACUUACACAAGGUCGCCCCGCAGGCGUUCAAGACAAUUUUUGACUUCCUCAAACGCCAAGGAGUAUAAGUUUGGAUAGAAAAACCUAGAGAAGUAUAGUUUGGGGGCUUCAAUUUUAAUUUACACGUAUUUCACCCGAUAGCAAUUAGUUACUCAGAAGUUUAUAUAUCCAUGGUCGUUUGUUGGCGGAUAGCGCUGUCCUCUUAAAUUGUUUUGGAUUGUGGAAUCAUGUAGAUUACAGGGGACUUAGGG